AUGGCGGGGCCGCAGGACUUCCAACAAGGCAGCCACUGUCACAGAAAAACAUGGAUCAAUAUAUUACUCGGAAUACUGCAGCUACUUCUACCAUGCGUUCAACACGGAGGAGCCCAGCUGCAAGCCUUGAGUCAGAUUUCCACAAGUGUUGUGGAGGUCUGGCAGCCAGAGGAAGCAGAACCAUUAAUUCCACUUCAGGUGGAAAAGGAUAUACGAAAAGAAGGUCUUCCACUGGAGGAAAGCUCCUCUGCCUUCAGCCAGGAGCGCGGGAGGCCUCUGCACUUCCAGCCGUCGGUGCUGGAGUUUGGGACACAGCCGCUGGGGCUGCCCAGAGCAGAAACCAUAUAUAUACACAACCCUAGCCAGGAAGUUCCUGUGACGCUGCUGUCCAUGUUUACAUCCAGCAGACAUUUUUACAUCCCUUCCUUUCACAGAAGAGUGAUUCCUCCCAAGGGAAAAGCUUCUUUUAAACUUAUAUUCCUCCCGUCAGAGGAGGGCAAUGUAGAAAACACAUUCUUUAUAAACACAUCAGCCCAUGGGCUACUGUCAUACCAGGUAUUUGGUGUGGGAGUUCCACGGGGCUCUUUAAAGUCUGUCCACAGAAAGGACAGCCUGCUCAUAUUUCCCCAAAUCCAGAGCAUUAAGCUGACACAGAUUCAGGAAGGUGCCUCAAAUAUUACUAUUCUGGGUCUUCUUCUCGAGUGCAGCCUGCCCAAGAGCUUUUUCAACAGUCCUGAGGGCUCCUGUUUGCACAGCGAAGAGCGGCUCAGUCUUCAGAUCAACCUAUCGGCUCGUGGGGACCGCCCGGCCGACCUGGAAAAGCUCAAACCAUAUGUCAUUGAGCACAUCCUGGUGCUGCUGGUGGCACACGGGGCAGGCCUGCUCACUGCAGCUGAAUCAAAGUUAGGAGUUUAUAUAUUAAACUCGGGAAGCAAAAGGCUCGACGUGAAGGACAUGCAGGUGCUCUCCAAAGUGGAAGCCAGCCUGGAUAUUAAUCAGGCUUUACUGAGACCUGAAGCAAAAAACUUAACUCAAGUGGCUACACUGUCCUGCAGAGGUUCAGUGCCGGGCCACGGGCGGAAGUGCAUUAGUCAUGUCAGUUUAGACAUAGUGGGAAAUCAGACCCUGGUUUACCUCCCAGGACUACAUAUCACACACAGGAGCACAGAGGAGGUGUUCCAGGUGAAACAGACUGAUGCGGAGCGGGUAGAGUUGUGGUUCUCAAACCCCCUGUCUGUGCCGCUGACUGUGACCAACGCCACGCUGUCGCAGAGGUUCAACAGUGCACUCAAGGUGGUUAACUUCAGCCGCCCAGUUUCAGUUCCUCCGGGCUGUUUUCAUGUGCUGUCCCUCCAGCUGCUCCACAAAAGCCUUUUGCUCAACCAAGUGUUCACCCUGAGCCUGAACACCAGCCAGGGACCAACGCUGCACCUCCCACUGUACUUCCACUCCACUUUCUCCAAGCAGGGCGGUGUGCUGUUUGGUGUAGAGCGAGAGUGCAGCCGAACUUGUCCUCUCAAAUUGUCUGAAUCAGGUCGCUCAGAGUGGCAGCGCUCACUCCUUCCAGACUUCUUCCCCUCUUCUUGGGAUGUAGACAGUAAACUGGCCUCAGAGCUGUGCUCGCGAUGGCACAGACACAGAGACAAGCCACCAUGCAGAUGGCCCAGGCUUCCUGUGGAAACGUCCUCCCCAUUGGACUUUGGUGCAACACCUGUCAAUGAAAGCAAGGUAAAAACCUUUGUGCUAAAGAACCCCUCCUCCUCAGUAGUUGCUGUAGAGAUUCGCAUUCUCUCCUCAUACCCUGCUCCCCUAGAUGCUUUGGACCUCCUUACAAAAUGGUUUAAUAUCAGCCCAUUGUCUGUAAAUAUCAGUACUGCAGAAUUCUCUCUGUUGGCAAGUACACCAAAGUACACAGCCAAUGUACGUGGCCUGAGUGGGGAGAGCGUGCUGCGUCUACUGCUGCAGCCAUGGGAAUCCAGAGAGGUUGCUGUGGUCUACACUCCGUCUGAACACAAGCCCACAACUACCAUUCUCAUCAUCAGGAACAACCUGACAGUGUUCGACAUGGUGACAGUGAGGGGCCACGGGGCCAAAGAGCUGAUCCGAGUGGGGAGUAAACUGCCUGGACCUGGGGCUUCACUGAGAUUCAACGUCCCCCAGUCCACACUGAUGGAAUGCCAAGAUGGCCUGCGGAACAACAAGCCACUGUUUGCCAUCAGGAAGAGCUUCAAAGUGGAGAAUGCAGGAGAGCUUCCCCUGACCGUCAUGUCGAUGAACAUAAACGGCUACAAGUGCCAGGGCUUCGGCUUUGAGGUGCUACAGUGUAACUCGUUCAGACUCGACCACAACGCCUCCUCAGAAAUAACCAUUGCGUUUACCCCAGACUUCACGUCGUCCUGGGUGAUCCGGGACCUGACGUUGGUGACAGCACGGGGCACCUCGUUCCCCUUCACCCUGAACGUGACCCUGCCCCACCACAUGCUGCCUCUAUGUGCCCAGGUAGUACCCGGGCCCAGCUGGGAGGAGAGCUUCUGGCUGGUCACCCUCAUCUUCACCUGCUUCUCUCUGUUUGGUGUGUGCUUGAUGGCUUUCCAUCAGGCUCAGUACAUCCUCAGCGAGUUUUCCACACCAAGCAGCAGGAGCAACCAUAACCCUGCUCCACCCCGAGACAACGGCACAGUCAACAUCACGCCCAACGGAGUGAAUAAAUCCAAGGGCAGCUGUAAAAGCUACGUGGACUCGUGCCACCCCUCUGACAAAGGAAAAGGUCGAGGAUCUCCUGCUCUGGCCAACUCUCCUCCACAGAGACCUCCGUCCUCUAAGAAAACUUCCUCCUCCUCUGCCCCCUCCCAGACCCAGAAGAAACCCAAAGUGUCCCUGUACUACUCAAAGUACAAGUAUAACCCAGCCCCCACGGCCACUGUGAGCAUGGAGGAGACAGAGGAGACAGAGGAGAUGGAAGAUCUGCUCCCGGAGACUCCCUCCAGUCCUGAGCCCGACUCCAUGGAGCCAACCUUCCUGUGCGAGAGCCAGUACACAGAGACCAGCGCUGCGGAGGCCCCGGCAGUGCUUAUGUUUCCCAUGGAAACGCCUGCUAGCUUCCCUGACAACGUGACUGUGAGCGCAGGUCCUCGUCCCGGACUGCUCAUGUGCACACCCGUACAGAGCUUCACACCAACGUACGACAAGAUGGCGAAUGAUCCAAGAGAGCGGGAUGAGCAUGAACUCAGAGCAGAUGGAAAAGUCCCGAAAAAGAAAGUUCAGUGUGCAGAACUGGCCACUGCACCAGGGAAUAAGGGAAAGAGGAGCCGCAAAAAGACUGAAAAUGGCUCAAGCGCUCCUGAAAACAGCGUGAUGACUACAGAGAGGGAAAGGGAAUCCGAAUGGAAGAAUGGCAAUCACAACAGUGCAGCACGCAGCAGGAACCGCAGCGACUGCAAACCUGAAGCACCAAAGACGGGGCCGUGUGCAGAGAGUCCCCUCAAACUGAACGGCGUAUGUCCUAGUCGCUCUCGGCGCAGAGGCCCUUCUGACCGGCGCACUGGUCCUUGUGAGUCCGGCUCAGAGUCCGGCAGCUCCUCUGGCAGUGUGAGGGCCAGCCGAGGCAGCUGGGGUAGCUGGAGCAGCGCCAGCAGCAUGGAAGGAGACAAGGACCCCAGCGGACGAGUGCACACCUGCCCUACCUCAGCCACAAAAAAGGAAUCCAUGCAAUACAGCACUUACCCAUCAGACAGAGAAUACCAGACAAUGAAUGCAAAAGCUUUCAGCACAAACACAUUGUAUGUAAAAGACAUGUGCCAAAGUUCAGAGCCCCCAGUGCCCAGCUUUAACCCCAGUUUUGCUGCGGUGACUGCCGGAGUGGACAGGAAUAUGGAACUGUGUGGCCAGUAUGUGCCUGAGGAGACGUGGUCCCCUCCAUCCAUGCCUCUAACCAAUGAGUUCAGAUACAACACCACAGAGGCACUGCCCUACAUCCCCCAGGCUUUUGCUCCCACCACAUACAACGGGUUUACGUGGAAUAGUGCCAACAACCACUGCAGCCCGUACGCAUACUGUGAGGACAGCGAGUACAUAGGUAAUGGGACUUUCCCCAGUGGAUACCCAGUGGGUCAGGACUGUCACAGUGUACAGAGUGUCCAGAGUCCUCAGAGCAGCUGGUCGGAGGAGCAGCCCCAGAGCGCUCCACAGUCCUGGGAAACUGCAGCUGCCUGUGUGGGCACAAAGCCGUUCUUCUCCGGGACCCGCAGCCUGUCUCCCAUGUCUAGUCUGUUUGGCUCCAUCUGGACUCCUCAGAGCGAGCCGUACCAGAACCACUUUCACCCUGAACGCUCGGCACCAAUCUCCCCCGUGUCCCCGGUCACUCCGCCCCACUCGCCCUUCACCAGGGAACCCCAGGGUCCCUGUGGCCCCACCCAGUACCCUGGCUUCAACCCCUUUGGCCCCCACAUGAACCUGGACAUCUGGAACUCCUCCUCCAACCGCAGCUCCAACUCUCAGCUGUCCAACGACUCUGGUUACUGCGGCGACGUCUAG